UGUGAUGAAGUAUUAAUAUUAUGCAUGAUUAGGCCUCGUCGCGUUUUGUGAUUCCAUUGCCGUGUCCGCAGUCUCGUGCGGUCGUCCCACUUCGAGACUGAGCCUGCCCCGCACACCUCCCCACAUCCAAUUGUCUUUCCGCGUUAUCUUCUUUUGACCUGGCGAUGCCGAGUCCGGGAAAGCAGCCGACGACAUGGGGGCAAUAUGAGCAUGGCUCGCGUUCAGGAUCGGUGGGAUCAACCGGCAGUCAUGUUCAAUGGGCAGUGGAUGCAAGAGACGAGGAGGGAGGACAUCAACUAUUUCCCCGAAUCUCCAACCUGCGUUCCGCAGGCGGCGUAAACAGCAUCGAUAACUUCGCCAGAUCAUGGACCCGUGCGGCCGCCUUCCAUCAAAUCACUCCGGCAAGACCAUCCUUCCGCUUUCAAUCCGACACGCAUCCCGAUGGGACUACGGCCGGCGAAUUCCCCGAAGGGUUCUACGAGGAUGACUCGCAGGCUGGUCUGGAUAGCCCGAGCGGAUACGAUGGGGACCAAUCAGCGAUAGGCUCGCCGAAUUCGCGAGGAGGAUUCAUGAGGCCGGAUAUGGACCCGCGGAAUACCUCGGACCCGUUUCGAGACACCGCCAUCGCCACGAGCACCGACGAAAGCGGGACGCCGGACCAUGAUUUGGAUCAAGGGGUAACUGCCCGGCUAUUGCAACACCGACGUGCGUCGUUCCGGUCUGACUCCGGGCCGCUGAGCAUCGAGCCGUCAAUUGGCUCGCAGUUUGGCGGCAGCUAUGGAACCAUGUACGGCAGCGUGGGUUCGAGGAGGAACAGUACCAUGAGACAUGCGGCGCGGUUAUGGGAAGAGCGCCAGCGAGAAGGGGAGCGGGUUGCACUUGGGGAAGGAGUUACGUUGGAUAAAGACUUCAUCCCUGGGGACGACGAGGGAGCGUCGCUGAUCAUCCGGGAAGUCGAGGAAGAUGGUGUCAAAUACACCGCGGUAGUGGGGCAGAGCACGUUGCCGCAGACUAUUUUCAAUUCCGUCAAUGUUCUGAUCGGCGUCGGUCUAUUGUCCCUGCCAUUGGCGUUGAAGUAUUGCGGAUGGGUACUCGGAAUGAGCUUUUUCCUCGCUGCCGUUCUUGUAACGCAGCACACGGCCAAGCUUCUCGCGAAAUGCUUGGAUGUGGAUUCGAGUCUGGUCACCUUCGCAGACCUCGCUUAUGUUUCUUUUGGCUCUCGCGCGCGUAUUGCGGUUUCUGUGCUCUUCUCCGUGGAGCUGAUUGCCGCAUGCGUUGCUCUCGUCAUCCUGUUUGCGGAUUCUUUAGACGCUCUCAUCCCAGGACUCUCCCUCGUGACUUGGAAGAUCAUCUGUGGCAUAAUCCUCAUCCCACUGGUAUUCCUACCACUCCGACUUCUCUCCUUCACGUCAGUGCUCGGAAUUAUUUGCUGCUUUGGGAUUACCAUCUCGGUCCUUGCAGAUGGCUUCAUCAAAGAAGAACAACCGGGAAGUUUACUCUCCCCUGCCACGACCUACGCAUGGCCCGAGCAUUGGGGAACGCUAUUGCUUGGGUUUGGGUUGCUGAUGAGCCCAUGGGGAGGGCACAGCGUCUUCCCGAAUAUUUAUAGAGACAUGAGACACCCACACAAGUACCACAGAGCAGUGAACAUCACUUAUGUGUUCACGUAUCUGCUCGAUUUGCUGAUGGCAGUGGUCGGCCUCCUGAUGUUCGGCGAUGGUGUUCGAGAGGAGAUCACCUCUAAUAUCCUGAUGACCCCUGGAUACCCGCAAUGGAUCUCUAUCUUCAUCGUCAUUUGUGUCGCCAUCAUCCCCUUGACCAAGGCCCCCCUCAACGCUCGUCCAGUACUCUCGACCCUCGAAGUCAUCAUAGGUCUCCAUAUCUCGCAAGAUCCAGGGCCUCAGAACCCUCACGCAACCACCCGGCUGCCUCUCGCCACGCGGCAAUUCUUUCGCAUUUUGUUGACAAUCGCCUUGAUUGUCAUCUUCGUCUUCCUCGCCAUUGUUUUUCCCGCAUUCGACCGCAUAAUGGCGCUGCUUGGUUCGGUCUGCUGUUUUUCGGGUUGCAUCAUCCUGCCCCUUGCUUUCCAUUUGAAGCUCUUUUAUAAGGACAUGGGUCCAGGCGAGCGUCUUUAUGGUUGGGUCUGCAUGAGCAUAAGCACGUUGCUCGCUAUUGCCAGCACGAUAGCAGCGAUUCUGCCCAGAGAUGUCGUCGGAUAUUGAUAUCGAUACGCAAGAGUGUUGCUCCCUUUCUGGAAUCUGAUACCCACCUGCUGGAAUGUUUGCGCAUCAUUGACAUUUAAUAGAGCAUUGCCGGAAGC